UGACAAGCAGAAAGGCUGGCAGGUUUGUCUCUGGGUAGAUGGAUCACCUGAUACAGACACUGGGGACCAAACCCUGGGAUUGGCUUAAAACAGGGCUGUGUUGGUCCAGUGGCUGGCUCUUGGCAUUCUAUCAAUCUGCUGUCUGCUCAAAAGCCUAGAAAUAGUGCCAGGGCAGUCUGCCGGACUCUGUGCGAGAGGAAGCAACCAUGCAAGUGCUAACUAAACGCUACCCCAAGAACUGCCUGCUGAUGGUCAUGGAUCGGUACUCGGCUGUGGUGCGGAACAUGGAGCAGGUGGUGAUGAUCCCCAGCCUCCUGAGGGACGUGCAGCUGAGUGGGCACGGGGGUUCAGUCCAGGAGGGAGCCCCCGAUCUCUAUACCUACUUCACCAUGCUCAAGACCAUCUGUGUGGAAGUGGAGCACGGGCUGCUGCCGAGGGAGGAGUGGCGGGCCAAGGCGGCGGGCAGCGAAGCCGGAGACCCUGAGAACGAAGCUGCCGCUGCCGAGGCAGAGGAGGCGGAAGAGGACAGGAUCUCGGGGGAGCUGGACCUAGAAGCUCAGUUUCACCGGCACUUCUCCAGCCUCCAUCACAUCCUUACCCACCUUACCCGGAAAGCCCAGGAGGUGACACGGAAGUACCAGGAGAUGACGGGACAGGUCCCGUAGGCCUCCAGCUCUGAGGAAGAUCGCUUUACCCGAGAGAGGGAAGACUCCAAUGAGGGCUCAGCGGUGCUUCAGCCUUGAGAUCAGAAAGGAAGGCCUGGACCCAGCCGGAAGUGAAGAGGACGUGUGUCUCUGGCAUGCUUCUCCACCCCCCGCUGAUGGCAUUUGUGGACCCGGUUGCAAGCCCACCCUUAAGACAUUCUCUUCUUUCAGCUUGCUUCAACUUCUCAUCCUUAGCCGUUUGAGGUGGUGAUUGAGGUUCAGGAGGCGAAGAUCAGUAGAAAGCGACGGUAUUACAAUGGCCAAAGUUCACACCCCACCUCCUGGAUGUCAUUUGGUGCCCCGCGUCUCAAGUUCUUCAUCCCCUGGAGCCCAAAUCCCCUCACGCAUAAAACAGGGUGCUGUAUCUACCUCACGUGGCUUGUGCUGACAUUCCAACAGUUGGCGGUUCCCCUCGCUUCCUUGGAGGACAUGCCGCACGUAGCACGUAGCUCUUGCUUUUCACUUCCCGAAGGGGGCUGAGGUAGUUGAGUGCGUGGGAUGAGCUACUCACCCUGUUGGAUCUGAUGACCAUUGAUGAGGCUGAGCACAGGUGAACUAUAAACCUAUUUAUUGCAGUAACAAUUAAAAAGAAAAAAACAUGG